AAAAAAAAAUGAGUAAAAAAAUCAUUUCGAAUGUCGAAUGACGCAAAAUCACUGCUCACCGAAUAAAGACUGAAAUUAUCGUCGUAUAAACAACGAUUAGCAGAUCUUAAUUGGCAUUAUGGAAUCUUCGAAAGAGGAUAAAUUGCGCAGGUGCUAUUGCUAAUAUUGACUGUUCUGAAAUUAAACGGGACUAAUUGAUUGAAAUCAGCUGAUGGGGGGAAUUGAACUGUUGAACUUUCAGUUUUAUCGGUAGGCGGUGAAAUAGGCGCGGGUGGCUUUUGAUCACAUAAUGUUUCGUAAUUUUUCUCCUUUGCGAGGUUUUGGAGUCAGAAGUGUUGUCAGUUAUGUUCAAGGACAGUCGCCAAAAUCGGGCAUUCGAGAAUAUUUUUAUUAUGUUGAUCAUCAGGGAAUGCUGUUCCUCGAUGAUGCUAGGAUGAAAAAUUUUACAUCCUGUUUCAAAGAGAAAAAGUUCCUGGCAUUUUUCUUCAGACGACUGAAGCGAAACGAUACCGAUCGAUAUACUGAGGACUUUCCAUACCUGUCGCUGUGUGGAAGGGAAAGGAAUUUUGUACGCUGCGAUGAUUUGCCCAUAGUCUUCACCCACGUGCUACAGACUCCAGAAAACCUGAAUUUAUUCAGUUAUGCUCAUGCUGGUGAUUUGCUUGUUGUACCUUUCCAACCAGACAAGAUCUUCAUGAGCACCAAUUCUGGUCGAGUUUAUCACCCAGCUCCAGAGACAACAGGUGGCAUUGGCCUCGUUCGCUCAAAGCUUGCCAUUGAAUUCAGCAACUCUUUCGAAUUCCUAAAGGGGGAAGAAAGUGAUCCAUCGCAUUUCACGUGGAAGGGAACACGAUACACCCUGGACUCCGAUUGGUAUCGGGAUAAAAUAUCCAACAGAGAAGGCACAAAACUCUAAUAAAAACAAAUAGACUUUAAUUGUACAUAAUCACUGUGAAGAUACAUCGAAUAUUCGGGCUGUUGAGUCGUCAGAAGUCGUCAAAAUUUUGGAUCCAUCCCUGGGAAAAAGCAAAAAUUUAUAACUUAAAAAAAAAGAAAUCUAACUGAUAUUUACC